UCGAUUAUCGGAACUGACUGUUUGUAUACAACACAGUGAGUGAGUAAACUCUGCCGCGAAGAGUAAUGGAGUGAUACCGUGGAAAGUGUCCCCGUACCUAUUAAAAAUUAUUCUGCUGUAAUUGUCAUUGUUGUAUUUAAAGGAACAUGGGCCGACGAAAAAGCAAGAGGAAACCUCCGCCGAAGAGAAAGGCGAUCGAACCUUUGGAUCUGCAAUUUAAUUGCCCUUUCUGUAAUCAUGAAAAGUCGUGCGACGUUAAAAUGGACAAAGGAAGAAAUACGGCGCGAAUAACGUGUCGUGUUUGCCUCGAGGAUUUUCAGACAUCGAUAAAUUGCUUAUCAGAACCCAUAGACGUUUAUAACGACUGGAUUGAUGCAUGUGAAACUGCUAACUGAGAAAAUGACUAAUUUUAUGUGAUAAUCAGUUUUAUAAAAAGUUCGUAUUUUAUGUUAUCUGGCGAGAAUGAUUGAGAUUAAACAGUCACGCAUAUUGUUAGUUUAGUACAGACACCAGUUUGUUAAAGAGGACGAUAAUUCUAAAAACAAAAAGAUGUGAAACUGUGUGGUGUACAAUAUUUGUGCUUGUAUUUUUCAUUUUUGCCUACUUGUUACUGUUUAGUGAAGAAAGCUCUGUAAUGUUAGUCGCAUAUCCUAUUAUAAUGUGUUAUAAUGUUACUGUUUCCCCCUGGAUUUUCCGUUGUUUUUUUUCACAAAACAAAAAUAAUUUAGUAGAAUUGUAUACGGCAACAAGACUUAAAUAACCAGAAUGGGCAUAAGGCUGUGUCAAGGACAAGUCUUUGGACAGAGCAUAUCUUCAAAACCAGUACCUGGCGUAAAUCUUUAUUAGUUACUUGUUGAUUUUGCUCACUGAGGAUGAAUUUUUUUUUUUGUAGGAUGUAGAAAAAAACAAGCAAUUUGUAGUUACGAAUGUGCAACGCACACACCAAACAUUUUAUCUGCUGUUAACAGUCUAAAGAUUUGAGCAUAGAAGUAUAAUUUGUUUUCUUAUGUCACCAAUCAUUCCAUUAAUGCUAUUACUUUACGUCUCUUUGGUAUGUACUGUUGUUAGCAUGUUAAGAAAAUCUGUGGCUGAAAAUCCCAAAUUUUUUCACCAUAUCACAUUCUUAAAAUUUGGAAAAGAUAUCUGACACAAAAUGCCACAUUUCUUUUACUGUUUCACAUAGUCCUUUCGAAAAUAUUGAUUUAAAUUGUGUAUUAUUGAUUGUGCAAUAAACAAAGCAAGUAACAGAAAAA